AUGCAUGAUGUUGAUAAAGGUGAGGUAACCUUGUCUUAAGUGACAUCACCUUCUCUGAGACAUGGAAGGGGAAGCAUCUCAGAGAAGGAGUCCUGCUGAUCUAUGAUCUAAAAGGCAGAACUGAUCCUAGAGCAGCACGCCUACUCUGAAUUUGGCCCUGAAGUAAGUCAAUCCUGUCCUGUACCGUUUGCUUCGUGGUACUGAUGGUUGCUUUUGCAUUGAAGAGUGUUGGUGGCAGCAUUGUAUUGAAUACAGGUUGAGCUGCUUCACUUAUAAAGACAUCACCUUUGAUUGGUUGCUGAUGACAGACCAGGUAGAUUGUUUGGAUGCGUGUCUUUUCUAAAUGGACCCUCAUCUCAGAGCACUGCAGGUCUGAGACUCCCUGCUUGGUGGUGUGAUAGCCGCAGGUUUGCAGAGUUAAAGGGAUACUUCAGGAUUUUGACAAUGAAGCCAUUUAUCUACUUCCCCAGAGUCAGAUAAACUUGUGGAUACAAUUUUUAUGUCUCUGCAUGCAGUUUGAAGGAAGUAGCGUUAGCACAAUGACUAGAAGUCUAUGGUAACUGCUAGCAUGCUGUUUAAGUGUGUGUCACGAUCGUCGAACACAGUGGACCAAUGCGCAGCGUGAUGAGUGAACAUACUUAUUUUAUUCCACACGAAACAAAACGAUAACGUGAAGUCCUUGGUUACAAUACAAAACCAACACGGAACAAGAUCCCACAAAACACUGUGGCAAACAGGCUGCCUAAGUAUGGUCCCAAUCAGAGACAACAAGCAACAGCUGAUACUCGUUGCCUCUGAUUGAGAACCACCCCGGCCAACACAGAAACACAAGAGCUAGAUAAUAAACCUAGAACACAAAACACAUAGAAACAACACACCCUGGCUCAACAUAACAGAGUCCCAGAGCCAGGGCGUGACAGUGUGUGUGCGUGACUGUGUGCACGUUUCUUUGUGUGUGUGUGUGCAUGUGUGUAAGAGAACAAAUAUCUGCCUCUACAGCCAUGCAAAUUCUCCCUGCCUUCCGCCUGUGUUAUCCCAGAUUAUUAAAGCAAAGCAGAACGGGCAAAUUUUAUUUAGCAGGGCUGAGGCUGCCAUCGUCUGAGCUGACAGUGAUUGUGAUGGGGAAGGGGAUGGCUGCAGUGUGUGCGAGAGAUAGAGAGAGAGUGUGUGAAUGUGUGUGUAUGUACGUGUGUGCAUGCAUGCAUGCAUACGUGUGUAUGACAGGGUUGGAUCUCCUGUGUGUCACAUGGCUGGUUCAGACAGGGCCAGACAGGGCCAGACAGGGACAGACAGAGCAUAAACAUGACAACUGCUGCACCUCACCCUGUCAGCCAGUCAGCUAGGGAGGGAAUAAACUGUAAUGAUGCAAUUGAAGGAAAUAUAACAGCAUUGUUUUCUGUAAUGACAGUAGCUGCACCAACCCUCCUCUGUCAGCCAGUAGAGGGAAUGCAGAAGGUAUCUAGUCCUCCAUGCCUGCGUCUGAAAUGUCACCCUAUUCCCUAUAUAGUGCACUACUUUUGACCAGAGCCCUAUGGGUACACUAUAUAGGGAAUAGGAUGCACCCUAUGUAGUCUUAUCUGGGGACUGAGUUGAGAUGGAUGCCAUUUUCUUUAUGAGGAGCUCAACAGGGUGAUUAUAUGGUUGGCUGGACCAUAAGCCUGCUGUGUGUGUGUGUGUGUGUGUGUGUGUGUGACUGUAGGGUUUAUGCUGUGUGUCUGAGGCUUAGUAGUGAUACAGUACCUAUCUCUCCAGUGUGUCAAGUCAAAGCCAGGGUGGGAUUCAGAUUGAGUCUGAUGGCUCAGCGCCUGUCCCAAGUGUUUGUUCACUGGCCUGGGUUAUGUCAGAGGACUGCUUCUUUAUUCAUGUUAUAAGCUCAAGGCACUGGGAGCUCUCUUCGAUAGGAUAAGCUCACAGUGCCUAAUUGGGAUAAGCUGAGUCAGUCCUUCAUUAGUCAGUGCCUAUACCUGGUGGGAUUACCUAGUGAAGGAGUGGAUGGCUCUGGACCAUGUGGGCAGCAGUACUUCUGAUUUGAGUCCUGUCGAUUGGAGUGGCUUUUAAUUAUUGGUGUCUUGUGAAGUCAGCCCCCAUCCCCUGUUAUUGUAGCUCGCACCGUAUCCUUCACAGGGAAUAACCAGGUGUGUGUGUGUGUGUCUGUGUGUGUCUCCGUCCUGCUCCUACUAAUGCAUCACCUUCACGUGAGACUUUCCUGCUGUGUGGAAGCUUCUAUAAAACUGAAUUGGAUUUCCUUCUCCUGAGCCUAUGUAUUCCACUCAGACACGCUUAUUGAUUGAAGACUUUUGUUAAUUCACCUAGCCCGGGCAUGUUUUUUAUUUACAAUUUUUUUGUUUUUUUCCCCCCCGAAGGCUUGUACUGAGUAAAAGCUGAGUUAAAAGCUGAAAGAAUUCAAUACAAAUUAGUUGCUUCUGAAAAUCAACCCUUUUUCCAUUUUCUGUUGCAGUUCCACUUUAAUAACUUUGAUGAAAAUGGUAGAAAGGCAUCAUAAUCAAUUAGAGAUGUUCAUGUUUAUGCAUGAAGGAGUUUGUGCUUUCGCCUCUUUAUUAGCUAAUUAUGCUAAUGAUGCUAUCAGUUACAUAAGCACACAUUCAACUGCAUUAUAAAGAAAGUGAGCGUGCACGUGUGCUCGCGUGUGUCAGUGUGUGUGUGCGUGUGUGUGUGCGUGUCAGUUUGUGUGUGUCACUGUGUGUGUGCUCAACUGAAUAAAACAACAUGCCCAGUACAGACAGAUGUUUGUGUUUGUGUGAAAGCAGUGGGACCAAGGUCAGUGUUUUUUUCACGAAAAUGCCAUUAUAAUGUAAUGUUAUACAUUUUGCAUCUUUGCCAAAUAGACAGUUGGAUGUUUCCCUCCAUAGUGUAGCUGACUGUCCGUCUGUCUCUCUCCACUCUCCCAGGUCUGGAGAAGGUUGGUCGGGACUCGAGCUACGAGCAGGAGGGGAAGGUGCAGUUUGUGAUGGAUGCUGUGUAUGCUAUGGCCCAUGCCCUACACCGGAUGCACAGGGAACUCUGCUAUGGAUACCCAGGCCUGUGCCCAAAGAUGACCAACAUCGACGGCAAGGAACUACUCAGCCAUAUCAGAGCUGUCAACUUUAAUGGUGAGUGGAGCACGGACGCACACACACGCACACUCACACUCACACACACACACACACACACACACACACACACACACACACACACACACUGCUCAGCCACAUACACAACAUCAACUUCAACUUCGAGUCACACACCACUCCCUCAUCAUACCCACCCUAUCCAUGACUCCUUUUUCUUUCUCCCCCUCCAAUCAGAGGACAUCUUGAACAUUCAUUAAGCUUUGAUUACAGGGUUACUGUAGUUCAUGAGGUAGUUAGUGAAAUGAUUUACGUUUUGCCCCAUCUUGUUUCCCCCUAGUGUCCUCCAUGAGCCAUGAUCCAUCCUCUCUGAGAGCAGUCCUCCCACAGAGUGCGUAGGGUUACACAUGCUAUUCCCUCUCAGUGAUAGUUCCCUUUACUGGCUCUCAGUGAAAGGGAUAAUACUACUAAUACUAAUACUACUGCUCUCUUCAUAUUUCUCAACUAAUUAUCCUAACUUAUCCUGCUUCCUUCACCUGCUAAUGGCCAUACUCCAUGAAUCUAUUCUGUACAUUAUUUUGUAUACAUAAUAUUCUAUAUGUUAUGUAGUUCAGCUUUUUAACUAGUGGUGCCAUGGAAUAUCCAUCCACUUCUCCUAACAUAGUUUACAACGCUUUGUGCUUGCUGCAGAUGGUGAUUAACUUGGAGCUUGACUUGAGACUCAGUAAUGCUUUAAACUUGUUUUCAUGAGUGUUGUGCUUAUUUGACUGUUUUGUCCCUCUCGGCCUCCGAAGAGCAUAAAUGGGCAAAAACAAUUGAUAUAGCUCUAAAUAACAUUAGACAGUUCAUUUGAAUAUGUACUUUCUGCUUCUUUUUGUUAUGGCUAUAUUUAUUUAUCUCGCUGCAUAUUCAUUUGUUAUGUUCCAUUCAACUCCUGUGAUUUGCAUCAGUUGUGUUGAUCGAUCAGCGAGUCUUGCCUGUAUUAGAAUUACUGCAUGAGAAUUCCUCUCUAAAAUGAAUAAUUAGCCCACGAGGCAGUUUUAAAGACUGUAAGAGCAUUAGGUAAUAAAUGUAUUCAUACAGUGGCGGUGUCGUCCACUCACAAACACUGAACAACACUUUACACUCCAGUGGCUUAAGCAAAAUUCACAUGGCAUUGUAAAUACUGUAGCAUCCAUAGCUAGUACAGCACCUGCAACUUAUCGGCGAGGGUUUGGACCUCUUGGCAGUGAUAGCAAAGGUAUUGGGCUGAUAAACACAAGAUUGCAGGUUCAAGUCCUACUAUGGCCAUUCUAGCCCUGUUGAAUACUAAAGACACAGGUCACAUAGUACUUCACCACCAUUUAAGACAGUAACCUCCCUUAAUAGAGCAAAAUGUCACUGCCCACUUGAUUGAGAUGAAUGUAGAAGGGCAUGGAGCAGAGAGCAGGCCUGACAAACGGCACUUUACCAGACUACUUACUAGAGAUCAGUAAAUCUUCUGUCUAUUGAAUGCUGCUGGUUUUUCAAUGCCGAGAGGCACAAGAUAAAUUGCCGUAGGGCUGUUGAUGUUGUUUACAUCUAGUAUCUAGUCUUCAACAGGCCUGGGAAUACUUGACGUGUUUGUUUUCAAGCUGACUACACGGAGAAGCAACAUGUUGUGUUGGUAUCGAUUUCUGCCCCUCUGGAGUUCAACAGGAGGUUAAUAAUAAUAACGCCAGAGGAGUGAAUGUGUUUUCUGCUGGGGACUGAUGUUGAUGAUGUUGUAGACUUAUGUUGUUUUGUGUUCUUCAGCUACAGGCUCUUAUAGUACAUCAUGUCUGGCAUAGCAAGGUUAGGGCUGUUAUUGGAUAAAGUUACAGACUGUAUGUGUGUGUGUGUGUGUGCGUUCGUGAGCGAGCUAGCGAGCGAGAGACGGCAAGACGAGAGAGUUUAAGUCAGUGUAUGUCAAUAGAGCACACUUCUAUUGAGACGGACCAUCCACAGUGCCCUUGACAUGGCUGCAGCAGGGGCCAGGGAUCCAUACCAAUCAAAUGCAACUUAGAGGAGCUGUGCUGAGCUGAUAGGCCCGAUCCCCCUGCUUACCGACACAGGCGGAAAAUCAAUCCAGCGCCUUUUGUCUUGACAGAGAGGAAGAGCCUAAUUCAGUAGUGAGGUUUCAGAACGAUCUAGGGAAAACACACACCAGGUGUGGAGAUAUCUCAUGCAGACACACACACACAUGCACACACGCACACACACACACACACACUGGCCGGUGCACUUAUUAACGAUCUUUCCCCACGGAACCCUGCCAGAUCUAACCUUUCUCAGCAGCAUGAGAUUGGACACUUGGAUGACCCCUCCAUUGACCCCAAGUGUGUGUGUGUGUGUAUGUGUGUGUGUGUGUAUAUCCCUACAGUGUUCAGGUGUUAUCGAUGUGCUCUCUGACUGUGACAGAAACUCAUGCUGAUGGAGAGAGCACCUUCCUGCUCACACACUUCCUAGCUCUAUCCCUCCCUCCCUCCCUCCCCUCCCCUCCGUCUCUCUUUCCCACUCCCUCUCUCCUUUAUCUUCUCAUUAUCUCUCUUUUCACUCUCCUUUUCUCCCCUACUUCUCUCUCUCCAUCUGUCUCUCCCUCCCUCCAUCUCUCCACUUCUCCCCUCUCCCUCCAUAUCUCUCUUGUUUUCCCUCUCAUACACACACGCAGAUGGUGGUGCAUUGCAGAUCCAGGGGAAGAAAGACAAUAAGGAACAGUGCCUGUAGCAGCAAUCACACGCUACACCGUGCAGACUGCAUCUGAUACCUCUUCUUCUGUUCUGUUCAGCUUGAGUCUCCACACCCUCUAUUGUCUCCACAGUGAUCUAAAGGACAUUCUGGUUGUGCCCCGAAUGGCACCCUAUUCCCUAUAUAGUGCAUUCCCUAUAAAGUAGUGCACUACAUAGGGAAUAGGGUGUCAUUUAGGACGCAUCUUUUGUCUCAUGUCGAGCACUGACUUAUUAAGCAGCCCACUUCAGACGUUGUGUUGUCACUUGAUUCUGUCUAGAGGCCACUAGAUGAGUUUGCAUAGUUUUAUUCAUACGCAUAGGCAUGCUGCAGAUCCUAUUUUCUUUGACCAAAAACAUGACACUUCAGAUUUGGCUCAAUGUUGAUGAUGUUUUCCCUGUUUUUGUUGCUCUUUUCUGUUUCUCUCUCCUUUUCAUCCUGGUCCAUCAUCAGUCAUCACCAUGGAUGGAUUGACUCAGAAUGCAAGCAAGAUAUCAAACAGACUACUGUCUCUUUCAUCAUCUCAACUCAUCUAGUUCUUUUAUCUAGAAUGUCCUGUUCUGUUGUUGCCUACCAACAACAUCCCCUCUAGUACUGUAAGUCAUUGUGACAACACUCUGUAAAGUAACGCAUUUAGGGACUGUUAUUGGCAGAGGAAAUCUCAUUUCAGUUGCUGUUGGGCUAUUGUGACUCCGUUUUCAAUGAGCAGCUGAAGUAAAUGUAGAAAAAUAGCCACAACAAGUCUUUGUACACUUUGUAGGACAGAUAUCAAAAGACAUCUUUAUGUCUUAAUCAGUCUCUCAUAUGAAGGAAAUAAUGCACAUCGGCAACCCUGCAGCUUUUGAGGACCAGUGUGUCCCACCACUUCUGCUCUGAUGAAUAUGAUAAUCUAGGUCUACGUCCCAAAUGGCACAAUAUUCCCUAUAUAGUUUCCGUACAGGCCCUUGUCAAAAGUAGUGCACUAUAGGGAAUAGGGUUCAAUUUGGGAUGCAUCCCAGUAGUCCACUUUAUAAGCUGCCUCCAGAGUGUGUUACAGGAAGCCACACAUGUCCCAGGUCUGCUCCUGGACAGGGACAUUACACACGUCCAAUGCAACCAACGUGCCAACACAGAGUGACACAUAGGGCUCUAUUUUCGGCUGGCGUUACCACGGCGCGAGUGUUAAAUGCACUUAAAUGCACCUCAUAUUAAAACUGCCACACUGGCAUUUUCCAGCCCCAACGCCAGGUUCGGCAAUUUACAUGUCUUAUAUCAGCUAGCUUGCUCUCAAAUGGGCGAGGUGGAAAUAUUUUAGGUGUGUCCUUAAAAACAUGAUCCAAAGUGCUAAUUUCAGACAGCGCUGACAGGGAUAUUUAAGACCAACCAAAAGCUGUUUUUAACAGUAACGCAGUUGGUUAUGGCAUGAAUUUAGACAGCAGAAACGCAGUCUAUCCAGCUAUGACGCACACUGCCCAUAUGCACAUUGAGCAAGAGUAGCCUAAUGUGCUUUUGGUGCCUGAAUACUUAUUUAGUAUUUAGAAACCAAAAAAGUAUGUUUUUUCCCAUUUAGAUUUAUUUGAUUAAAAACCAUGCCUCCCCUCCUCUCAAUGAAGGCUUUUUUUUGUCUGCCCAUAUGUAAUCAUGAAGUAGUCAAUAAAGGGUUUGGCUCCUGAGACCGCUUGGAAAUGAAUCUUAAUCACCAAAGCUUUAUUAAAAUAGCAAGUUUGAGAGGAGUAAAACAGUGAGCUGACAUUCCCUUUUUAUCUAUGCAUUGUAGGCAGGCCCACAUUAUUUUAGCCGUACAAGUCCCGUUUUGGACGUGUGUAAAACCCCCUCCAUGGUGUAGGCUACGUAUCCAUAUCCAUCAUGAAACGAGAGAUGAGAACCUCUGUGAAUACCGGUGAACCUCGUAUUUAGAAGUUAUCUCUCCUGUAAAAAUGGCUUGUUUUCCGUUUUAUAGGUUCAAAACCCAAGCCCUCCCUUAGGCCUACUAUAACGAAGGCUGGUUCAACAGCGAUGUGUGUCUUUUAUCCUGCCGAUUUUAUGAUAUCAUUACAUUUACAUGUAUUUCUUGUUUUUGUUGUUAGAAAAAAAAAUGGAUUGAUUGUUUUCCGUAAAAUUGUAUUACAACCAAACGUAUUAUAAUUAUUCACCUUCCUGGUUUUAUGCCGACAACGUCCGUGGCGCGUUUGCAAUGCAACUUCUGAUGUGUGAAUGCGAUCUGCUCUGUGAAAUGGUUCCGAUUAUGUUCAUAAAACAUUGGCCUAUUUGGGAGAGUUAACGGUGAGUAGACAUUCUAACUUUCUAUUUAUUGAAUCUUUGUCCAGCUACUGUCAAAAGUUUGGAUGUGCGUAAAACCCUCCAUAAUCUGCGUCAUUUUAAUAUUAUAUGCCCAUGGGGAGAAAUUAUGGUGUCUGUAAAUUUGACUAUUUAAAACAUGUUGUUGUUUAAUGUGAUUUAGAAUUAUUAGUUCUCUGUUUAGACCUUAUCAAUAAUGAAUGUAAUCUUGCUUAUUGACAAUGUUUGGCAUGUCCAUGCUCAGCCAUAAUGCAAUUUACAUUAGGCCUAGCCCCUAUAUCAGUGUAAAUGCUACUGAAGCCAUGCAAUUAGAACAGUGUGGACUGUAAAUGGGUUCAAGUUAAUGUAUUUAGCCAAGAUAGGUCUACAUUUUAUUUCGUUUCUGUAAUCCAUUUAAUAAACUAUAACGGACUAACAUUGGAAUUGGAAUUGAUUCCAAGGCAAUACAUAAAAGACUGUAAAAACACAACUUGAAACAACGACAUAUUUUGCCAUGGAGCACGUUCUGAUUGGCCAGUUAGGGGCCAAGCCUCCACACACCCACAACUUGUUUACUCAUAAAAAACCAGUCCUUGUGCGCCAACGCCAGCAAGUGUGCCAAUAAUUGUGAUAGUGAAAAUAGCAAAAAUAUUUCUGACACACCCCUGAACCUAUAGCGCUACAACCUGCGAUUAGAUUUACCAUUGCGUUAGGUUUGUUAAAAUAGAGCCCAGUGGUGUUACAUGAUACAUAAUGCCUCCCACUACCCAGGUCACCUCCAUUGUCCUCUAUGAAUCCUCCGGCGGUCUAAUGAAUAGCUUGAUAAAGUCCAUUAAUGUUCAUCUCUUACCUUUUAUUCCUGAAAAUAUGUCCAAGGUCCCCUCCUUUUCAGUCUAUGAGAAACCUUAAUUGUAGUUCUGUGCGUGGGAAGGAAGGAAUAAAAAUGCCUUACAGCCUGUACUUUCACUUUCACACUGGGGUAAAACUUUGAGGAAAUACAUUCAACUAAAACUGCAAAAAACUUUUAGAAAAUAUUACAUUUUUAGACAAUGGAACUUUUCAGGAAAUCUCCCAGAAAUCUCCAAUGGGCAGUUGGAGAGAUGGAAGUGUGGUUUUUUCCUCCUCUUUUCUCCUAUGCACUUCAGUGUUAUCUGUCAAAUGAGUCAUAGUGAUACAAGCAGAGAGCUUUCAUCCGUGUUCAGUGUUGAACAUCAAGCCAAUAUCAUAUCUAUUGUUCCUAGCUAUGUCUGUAGAGUGUGGUUGAAUGGCAUUAAUGUGUUGUUAAGAUCCUUUAUUAACUACCCUGUCCCUGACAGUGUGGAGUGAGAAUACACCGGUUUAGCGAAGAGACAAAAAAACGUACACAAAGGACUGCUUCGCACUUCUAGUUUAGAACACUGAUGAGGAUAUUGACUGUAUUGAUCCAUCUACUAACCCUCAUAGUAGUGCUAUGUUCGCUGGAAAUGAAAAUUCACAGUGUAGUGUGUCUCAAUCUUAGCAUCCUGUAUAACAGUAUUUUAUCCUCAUCCACAAAGCACAGGACGCUGGACAAAGAACUCGGGCAGAGAAAGAGAACAAUAUCCACUUUUUCCUACUCUACCAAAAAGUUAUUUAUUGAGCUAGUGCCAGCUCCUAUAUUUCGACCAUAUUGUGGUCUUGGUCGGGGCCACCCUCCACGAGGCUCUCCAUUACCCUUCUAUGGAGAGGGCAGCGGAGCCAAAAUAAUUAGGCCCUGAGCCGUGGAACCGUGGAGUCAGUAUGUGUGUGUGUGGACAGCUGUGAGGAGAGGACACGGCCAUGCUAGACAGAGCUAUCUCAUUACAGCCCAUCUCCACAGGACUAGCUGCUCUAGCUCUGACUGCUCAGGACAAGAUGGACGCCUUCUCUACGGGAACCAGCCCGGGCUAAUUAGCAAGGAAUAACGACUAGAUGAUAGUUAGAGGGAAGAGAGAGGGAGAGAGGAGGAUGGAGAGAGUAAGAAGAGAUAUAUACAGUGAUGUGUGUAAGGUUGUUAUGACCUGUAGGUCAAGUCAAAUAAAAUCUCAAUCGUAUUCAUAUAUAAGCUAGAAUGAGCUUCACAUCACCUCUGAUCUCAGUGUUAUUAUGUUAAUUUUCUGCAGGAUAACCGAGCAGAGUGUGUUUAGUUCAGAGCCAUGAAGACAUCAUUUCUGAGAGAGAGAGAGAGAGAGAGAGAGAGUGUACUAAAGUCUUUCCAUGUUCUGACAUGCAUCUCCAGUCUCCUAUUCCUUCUCUGUGCUUUGCACAAAAGAUCCCCCUGUACCUCUGUCUGCCUGUGUGUCUGUGUGUGUGCGUGCGUAGCCUACCGCUGUCCCCACUCACGACGUUAAAAGAGCAAUCGAUACCUGGAGAUAAGUUCAAUAAGCCAGAAAUCUCAGACAGCUGUUUCGGCGACUUAAGACAUUGCUCUCAGUCUGCCGCUUGCCUGCCGGGCCGCCACACACUGAACACUUCCUCAGCCCAGAUGACCAGAAGCUAUCAGAUAGCCAUUGGAGGAUUAAUAGAACUUUAAGCCGGAGGCGGCGGUGAUUGUACAUGCAUCAUUUUAUUCACUCUAAUGUAGGAUAUAAUGCUGGCAUUAGACAUAACUGACAACACCAGGUUUAUGGACCUGCAGAGAUCUUUCUCUCUCUCUCUCUCCUCUGCCACAGUCACACCGUAAUGAAAUCAGCAUGUCCAUUAAGCCUUAGUGGAGACAAAGGAGUUUUGGAGGGAGUUUGUCUGUCUGCCGUGUCGGUUUCUUGAGAAAUGCGGCAUUGCCUCAUCAGCCUAUGAGAGUUUUGUCGUGUGUAUGUGUGUGCAUGUGUGUCUGCUAAAGUCAGUGAACAGAGGAGGUAUAUCUGCUAUGGCAGCUGGUCUCUAGCCUCCUGGAUACGCGCUGAUGCCUUCUCUCUUUCAUUAUGCACACUAACAAUACUGCUCUAGGACAACCUACUCCCUCCAUCCUUCUCGCUCUCUCCCUCUCCCUCUCUCUCUCACCCUCUCCCUCUCUCUCUCUCUCUCCCCCCUUUUUCUCCCUCCCUCCCUCCCUCCCUCCCUGCCCCUCUUUCUUUUUCUCUCUCUCGUUCUCGCUCGCUCUCCCUCCUUCUCUCUCUCUCCCUCUCCCUCUCCCUCUCUCUCUCUCACCCUCUCUCUCUCUCCCUCUCUCUCUCUCCCCCCUUUUUCUACCUCCCUCCCUCCCUCACUCGCUCUGCUCUGUUCUGGGGAAGAUAAUCAAAAGAGAUUCUCUUUAGAGGAAAGAGAGGAAGAGGAGAAGUCAACAGGAACGGGAGGGUUUUGUCAAGUUCAGACUGAGGGCCACUUAAUUUGGACCCCCUCCAAAAAAUGUGUUUUCUUCCCAUCAGCUACAGUGUAUCAUAACUCUGUGAUGAAAUGUCUUCCCUUGGCCUACUGAUAGUAGGGCUUAGAGAUGCAGUAGAAAGGAGGGUGUUAAAGGUUUGGAUGGUUUUGAAACUUGCCCGAGGCAGGCAAGAACUGCUAAUGACCAACUAGGAAAUUUUUUAAAAAGAAGGGCGAAUGAUCAAAUCAAAUCUCAGACCAACUGACAAAUCUAAAGUAUCUAAAGCAUUCCGAGAUCAUGAGGCCAAACAUCUUAGGUUGCUUGAGGACUCUUGCCGUCGAGUUUAGAGUAGAAAAAUAACAUAUCUUCAUUAUAUCCAUUAUUUCAUUAGCCAACUCACCCGCCCACCUCUAAGCUCCAAUGGCACAUUACUAAUGGCUACACAGCCUCUGUGCUCCCUUCCACUGUGAAACACAACAAAAGGCUGGCUCUGGCUCCUGCUUCCACAUCCUGAUAAACUAUGUGUCACGGGUUUCUGGCAGUUUAAUAAUCAUUAUAAUCAGCUGCCUUGUUGAGCCAAGAAGCACUAAUCUCAUUAUAAACCCUGUGGAUGUUAUCCCUCACCAGAUUAACUGUAUGGAACUGCUACCCACAUGAUUACUGCAGGGUGGAUGGAGGGUUAGGGUACAGCGAAGAAAGGCUUCUAUAUGCCAGAAGCAUGUAAGUAAUGGAUCACAAUCAAGUGAAUUAAUAGGCUAAUGCAUAUGUCUUAUAGGAGAGAAGAGGGGGGUGGGAGCAAGGAUGGGUGGGAGCGAGGGAGAUAAAGAAGAGAUACAUAUGAAGACAAGAGAAAGAGAGGAGAUAAAAGAGAGAUAAAGAACAAGAGAGAGUGGGGGAGGAGAAAAAGGGAGGAUCAACAGUAAAUGUUUAGGAGGAGGAGGGAGUUUAGUUAUUAUAGUAAAGCCUCCCCUGAGGUAACCGUUUAGUGUGGGAUAGAGGGAUGGAGGGAUAGAGGGAUGGAGGGAUAGAGGGAUGGAGGGAUAGAGGGAUGGAGGAAAAAUAAAGAGAAGGACGGAGAGAAGAUGUGUCCUCAUUACUGGGGGCCUGUGUGUGCGUGUAAGUGCAUUAAUGUAUUUGUGUGUUUGUGUGUGUGCGUUCCUGCGUGUGUGUGACUAUGUGCAUGCUUCUUUGCGUACGUGCAUGUGUGUGUGUUGUCUCCCCCAUUAGGAGUAUAGAUGUAUGGCUCACACUGCUGGCAGCCACGCCACUCAGUCACUCUCGCUCCUCCUCUCAGCUCCUUCCUCUAUGUUAUGUUUUAUUAAUCUGGGUUGCAGGGUGGUUUCUGCAUCAGGCCUAUCAAAACACUCACUCUUCUCUGUUUCUGUCACGAUGGGGAGUGGGGAGACCUUUGAAGCCUGCAACGCUCGUUCAGCCGGUCCCUCUCUCCUUUCCUGUAUUCUCCCCCAUCAGAGAUUUUACCCAGCCUAAAUCUCUCUCUCUCUCUCUCUCUCUCUCUCUCUCUCUCGCUCUCUCUCUCUCUCUCUCUCUCUCUCUCUCUCUCUCUCUCUCUCUCUCUCUCUCUCUCUCUCUCUCUCUCUCUCUCUCUCUGAGAUCCACAGGGAAGAGCUGUUGGCAGGGUAUUUAGUGUUUAUCUCAGAUUAGGAGGAUGUUGCCUCCAGAUACUGAUCUUAGGUCAGUUUCGACUUUCUCCCCUUAAUGGUUUAGGUUAGGAUUAGAAGAGAGUAAGCUGAUCCUAGACCUAUGCCUUGCAACUGUAUCUUCAGGGAUUUGUAUCCCUGCCUUUUAGUAGGAGUAUAACUUACCUAGAAUCCAUUCUCUCUACCCACAAACUACACAGCAGAAAGCCAAGCUCAUCUCAGACCAAACAUAAGCCCUAAUGUCUGAAUGUCUUCAAUCUGAAAUUCCCUACUCCCUACUUCAGCUCUGAGCCUUGGUCUCAUCUCACCAUAGCCCACCACUAGACAGAUCAGUUGGCGGUUUUGGACUGUUUGGGUCUGCUGGGUGAAAGGUAUACCUCAGCCUGCUCUUACUUAUCCAGUUACAUAGCUGGGACCUAGCUGAAGACCUGUGUGUUGAUUAAAGGGCCUCUAACCCCAUUCUCCUUGGGGGAGGUGGUGAUAGGGUACAUGUGUCUGGUCAUGUGAGAUGUACUAUAAAGACCAAUGAGGGUGAGGUCGAUGAAAGGACUUUGGUGUGUUGAAUGGUUGUUAGGGCUACCCACUGAGGGGUGAGUUUGAGGUUUGUCGUGUGUGUGUGUGUAUGUUGUGGGAAAGAAGGUUAAAUGUUGUUGCUUACACUGACACAGUGAAGGUCAUGGUUAACGAUGCAGAAUAGUGUGACAUUUAAAUGUCGAUAUCUCCAUGUUACUACUUUCAGAAAUGGCUGAGGAACCAUGCUUCACUGACUUGUACUGCUGUGGUCAAAUUGCCCUUAUAAGGCACAUACUGAACAAUUAUAUUAGUCAGCUUGGUUGUAUCCAGUAAUCGUCAUCAGAGUAGCUAAUAUGGUUUGGGACAGGCUGUUUCCAGAGAGGACGUGAGUAUGAAGAUGUGUUUGUGUGUAUCUGUGCGUGUUUGCGUGCGUUUAAGUGUGUGUGUGCGUAUAUUUGUGUAUGUGUGCAUGUGCAACUUGCAUCAGUCGUGUCUGCAUAAUCGGCCUCAUUGGUUGGGCAGGGAACAGUGAGCAGUAUUGGGCCGUAUAUUAACACCAAUUUGAAAGGCAGAAAUACUUCCUGAGGCUGUGCCAUGAUUCAUUUCCACACUGAUGAGAUGGAGUCCUCUCCCAUUUGCAAUGCAUGUUCCCCCGCUGUUGUGCUAAGCAAGGGAUGCACGGAGAAGAAGUUGUUCCCACUCACUGAUAGUAUGAUAUUAUCAGUGUUCUGCUUCUCUGUAGCAUCAACCAGAGGGCUAUCUUAGUGGACUCACGUGUUUGUGUGUGUGUGUUUGUGUUUGUGUGUGUGUGUUACUGCGGCAGCAUCUCACAUAGCACCUUAUUCCCUAUGUAAUGCACUACUUUGGACCAAAGCCCAAUGACGCCCUGUGUAGUCCUGAUAUAUAGGGAGCUGUGUUGCACUACUAGCCAAAUACUAAAAUUAGACAAAUGAGUCAACAAGCAGUCUGGACACUUCUCUCUCUGUUGUAAUUAUGGAAGGCAGGAGGAGACAGACAAACAGAUAGGCAGACAGGAGCAAGCGGCGAGUGGCGGCGUCUAGUGUCUUUGAAUUUUGGUGGGCGGGGCUGUGUGUAUGUGUUUGUGUCCGUGUGUGUGUCUGUGUGUGUGAGUAGCGUCGGGCCGGGCGGCUGUGUGAAGGCAGAUUAAAGAUAGACGGAUAAUGGUUUACCCAGAGUUCUCUGGAAUUCUUCUUAUUCAUUACCACUGGCCAUGCACAGAGAGAGAGAGUGAAAUAGAGAGAGAGAGAACUUUCCAUUUCUCUCUUAUUCUCCUAGUAUCUCUCUCACUCCCUUUCUCACUCUGUCUCUCCUGGCAACUCUCCCUUUCGUUCUAUCAGAUAUGAUACAUUCACCGUUGCCAUGAUGAACAGCUUUCUGUAGGAAUGUCAGUAAUGAACAGCUCUUUUAAGAUGUAUGUUUGUAAUUACAUUACUGCUUUGAUGGCCAGAUUCUCAACCCGCGCUGCUGCCACGCUGAAAAAUUGGAUUUCAACGCUUCAUAAGAGGAGAAAGAACCAGAGAGAGAGAGGGAGGGUGAGAGGGAGGGAGAGGAAGAGAGAGAGAAUGGAUGAGGGGGCUGUGAGUUUAGCAUAAUCGAUGGAGAAAGAAAGCCUAUCUGUGAAACACUUUGCACCCGGGGAGGUAGAGGUUGUUUACGCACGCACUCACACACGCACACACACACACACACGCAUGGACGCACACACAUACAUACACACAUUUUCUGCAUAAUUAAUAUGUGUGAAAUCUGAGCCCGGCUCAUUAGGGUGACAGGUAGACACAAGACUACUGAAUGAACUUCUGAAAAAGAUUCCCACUUUGUAAGAAACAGAAUAACAACCUUAAACCAUACUUACAACAUACAGUAGGUAAUACCCAAGCAUGUGUAAUAAUCGUUAAGGUGUAUAUAUAAGUUAGAAUUUUUUUUUUUUGUGUUUGACUAAAUCGUGUGUUUCUGUGAAAAUGCAGAACUACAAUGAUAUUGUACAAUCUUACAGAAUGGUAAAUUAGCUUUCUGUGUGAUGAAUGAUAUACAGUGUGUCAUCUUGUUAAUUCUUCACUUUCUCUGCCUUCCAGGAAGUGCCGGUACUCCAGUGGUGUUUAAUGAGAACGGCGACGCCCCCGGACGCUACGACAUCUUCCAGUACCAGAGCACCAACCGCUCCACCAGAGAGUACAAGGUCAUAGGCACCUGGACCAACAAACUACACCUAAAUGUGAGACUAACAUAAUAGCAAUACUAUCUUUUGUGAUCUAGUGUUGUCGUAUAGUGUCACAUUCAGAGGCAUUCAUACAUAGCCGGGUCCCUGCUCUGUUUGUGCCAUAAUGUCAACAUGUUUGAUGAUAGCACAAACAGCUCUGAGAUCAGGCAAAUUGUAUAGAUAUCAGCAUUUAUUCAAGAUCAAGUCUUGAAACUUCAGAUUUUUAUUAAUUCGUUAUCAUCCAAAACUUGUUUUUGUGUCAUGUUUGGGUCCCAUCUUGUCCCAGUUUUUGUCCUAUGACCAUACUGUAUGUCAGAGUAGUUGAUGUGUUCCUGAACGCAUAGAGUUACUGCUCAGCGCUUGAAUUUCAAUGAGCAGCUACUUGUUUUUCAGCUGUUACUGAUUGGAAUACACACACACACAGUCUUGUACAGCUAACCUUGUGGGGACACACAAUUCAGUCCCAUUCAAAAUCCUAUUUUCCCUAACCCCUAACCCUAAACCUAACCCUAACCCGUACUCUUACCCUAACCCUAACCUUAACCCAAAAACCUAACCUUAACCCUAGCUCCUAACCCUAACCCUAAAACUAACCGUAGCUCCUAACCCUAACCCUAAACCUAAUUCUAACCCUAACACUAAUUCUAACCUUAAACCUACACCCCCUAGAAAUAGCAUUUGACCUUGUGGGGACCAACAAAAUGUCCCCAGUUGGUCACAUUUUUGUUCGUUUACUAUUCUUGUGGGGACAUCUGGUCCCCACAAGAAUAGUUAACAUCCGCACACGCACGUCCGCACACACACACACACACACACAUAAACACUGGAACACUGGAGGGAGGGAUGGAUACACACACACACAAACACACAGGCCACAGGAGGAGUUAUGACUUGGUAAACGAGCAGCGUGUUCUCACACAGACUCCUAGAACAGACAGGGUGGGGCACGGUUGGGCUGUACUCUCUGAGGGAUCUUUAAACCAUCUGCUCUAGUCGUGCGUGCAACUUUCCGGUAUAAGCGAAUACGUUUGGACAGUAGAAGCUAUAUUGACUGGACUGGAGACUUGGAGACUGGAGACUUGGAGACUGGAGACUUGGAGACUGGAGACUUGGAGACUUGGAGACUGGAGACUUGGAGACAAAUGGAAGUUAGGCUCAAAUGCUGAAUUUCAAUGUCUAUUGAACUUAUCUUUUCUUCCAUGACUGAAUGUCUCUUGUGCAUUCUCUUUGUUCUUCGAUCUGUUUACCUUGGCUGGACUGGGAGGUAGCAACAGCAUACUAUUCCCUCUCAGCUGGCUGCUGAGAACUAGAGCCAGAAUAGCCCUAUUCCAUAUACAUUUUGUUUCACCUUAACAAGUGUUUUGAAUUCAAGGUUACAAAUAAGUAUCCAAAUAAUUGAAAGAGGAUUCACCCAAGUGGCGGAAGUUACUGUUUCUUCUCGGGGUAAAUCUCUUCCCUUAGGAUCAGUUGUGCCGUUGGACAUGCUUUUCUUUCAUGUUCAUAAUGCUUUAUGGGAUAACUUUAAUGAGGCCUAAAGUAUUUUUUUUAUAAUUAUCAAUUAUACCCCAAAAAGUUCAUGGCCAGGCUUAAUGUGUUUUUGAGCGUUCAUAAUUCAAGCAUGGCCGGCUAUCGCUUUACCACAAAAAAACUGGAAGAGAUAAUAGCACUAAAGGGAAAUAAUAUACAAAAAUGAAACGACACAUACAGACAGGUUUCAUUUCUCCUCUGACGACUGAGUAGUUUGACCCAAUAUUGGUAAUUUAAUCUAGUUCUAGAUUUCUCCAGCCAGCCAGUUUCCUCUAGUUCUGCUGGAUCAGUACUUUGUGUGCGUGUUCAGAGAUAGAGAGAGGAGCUCCGUUCCCAUCACCCUGGGCUGUGUUAUAAACAGUUUAUUACACACACACUGCAUCAGACUGAUGCAGAUGGCCAAUCUGUGCCAGCUCUGAUUACACCAGUUUAAUUUCUAUUAGAUUUAUGCCUAGCAGGCGAAACAAGGGACAUGAUAAGAAGUUCUGCUUGGGCUAAUUACUUUGUGAGUUGCACUUUGGGAAAUGUUUAUGCAGGUACAAACAUUUUAACGACAGUAGGCUUUGAAGAAGGCUAUUACACAGUCAGAACUAUUCUAGUCAGACAUUCCUUAGCCAGAAAGUCUAGAAUAACAACCAUUCUAGAACCAAAACCAUUAUUGAGUCCCAACCUAUCUGUCCUCUGAUUGGUUCUCUCCUCUCUCCUGUGACCUUAUGACCCCAGGUAGAGGCCAUGCAGUGGCGGGCAGGCGACCCGUCCCUCCCUGCGUCUGUGUGUAGCGUGCCCUGCCGGAUGGGUGAGAGGAAGAAGAUCGUGAAGGGUGUGCCGUGCUGCUGGCACUGCGAGCGCUGCGAGGGCUACCACUUCCAGGCCAGCGAGUUCAGCUGUGAACUGUGUCCCUACGAACAGCGCCCAGACGCCAACCGAACGGGUUGCCAGAACAUCCCCAUCAUCAAGCUGGAGUGGCACUCGCCCUGGGCCGUCAUCCCCGUCUUCAUCUCAAUGCUGGGCAUCAUCACCACCACCUUCGUUAUCGUCACCUUUGUCCGCUACAACGAAACGCCCAUCGUCAGGGCGUCCGGCCGCGAGAUGAGCUACGUGCUGUUGACGGGCAUUUUCCUGUGUUAUGCCAUCACCUUCUUGAUGAUCGCGGCGCCCGACGUGGGCGUGUGUUCCUUCCGGAGGAUAUUUCUGGGUCUGGGGAUGUGCUUCAGCUACGCGGCCCUCCUCACCAAGACCAACCGUAUCCACCGCAUCUUCGAGCAGGGGAAGAAGUCCGUCAGCGCCCCCCGGUUCAUCUCCCCGGCCUCCCAGCUGGUCAUCACCUUCUCCCUGAUCUCGGUGCAGCUCCUGGGGGUGUUUGUGUGGUUCGCCGUGGACCCGCCGCACACCUUCGUGGACUACGGCGAGCAGCGGACCCAGGACCCGGCGGCGGCUCGUGGCGUGCUGAAGUGCGACAUCUCCGACCUGUCCCUGAUCUGCUCCUUGGGCUACUCCAUCCUACUGAUGGUCACAUGCACUGUUUACGCCAUCAAGACCAGGGGAGUGCCGGAGACCUUCAACGAGGCCAAGCCAAUUGGAUUUACCAUGUACACUACCUGCAUAAUCUGGCUGGCGUUUAUCCCGAUCUUCUUCGGGACAGCGCAGUCAGCGGAGAGGGUGAGUGGAACAGCUUUUAUAACGGUAAACACACAAACACGCAGAAAAGUGGAGCCUGUGUGUUUCUAA